AUGGUAAAGUCGUUUUUGAAGGUCGUUUCUUUUUCACUGAAAUAGGCGUAGUUUGUUAUUUCCGUUCUACCCGUCAAGUCAUUUCGAUAAGUCUCAAUUCUUAUUUGUUGGAUAUUCUAAACAUUUUUAUGAGGUAUUUGGAUCGAAUUCUGAGGUGGAAACCUUUGGAUGUUAACGUGCCCUAGUAGCGAACUAUAUCGAGGCGAUAUAUAUUAGAUAUGUAUUUUCCGAGAUACUUAUAUCUGCUAGAUGUCGAUUUUGUCCGCGAUCCAGUUAUCGAGUAGAUAUCUAUUUUUCGAGAUACUCCGAAAGCGGCGAUAGUGACACGUCAGGCCAUGCGCAAGCUGCGGUUACUUAAGUAAUCCAUACCUAAUUUUAUUAUUGUCUGUUCGCCUUAGUCAUCCCAAUCCCGACUUACUUGGCCUGCUGUUGUCCACUUUAUAUCGCGUUGAACGGGUUAAUUUACGUCCCUAUUGCAACCGAAGCAACUAGAUCGACCAAAAAGAACUAUUUUGAAGACGUGUUAAUAGGGAAAAAGUUUGUUGGAUAAAAAUUAAUUUAAAAAAGGUUUAAUACAUAGAGGAAUCUUUUGUGAAUGAUGAUCCAUCACUUGUGGAACAACCUGGAUUGUUGUCUAUAGCUAUAUUUAAAAAAUGAAAUGUAUUCACCAGUCCAGCAUUUGUUGCUUAUUUCUUUCUGCUGCCUUUGUACAUAAUUAUCCAGGGACCUUUUCAGUCUUUUAGUGAAGGCAGUCUCCAGGUCCGAUAAUGUGGCAGCGCAGUCCUUGUUCCAGCCGGCGAAAACGUCUACAAAUGUAGAUAGCGGACGCUAAAUUGCAAACUUACCCGGAAUAACUUUGUACACUGCGGAAUUACAGAGACUGUCUGUCAGCUUUCGACCUUUGAAUUUAACGCGCAGGGGGGUUUCGUCGUCAAAUAGCACAAAGAAGAUGCGCUUAACAAAGUCGUCUAGGUUAUUGCCGCUUAGACAGCUGAGAAAGGACACCUUAUGUUUUGUAUAGGGAUUAAACGGACAGCCUACAUGUUGACUUUUAAUGCCAUUGUCUUCCAAUAGUGCGAAAGUCCGCUACCGUUCGCAUAGGCCUUUCGAUAGGGUUUUGUGGCAGCGGUGUACCUCCCAGCGCUGGUGGCCUCUGAUUUACCUUUGCCUCUAUUUCUCGCAGUCAGCCGUGCAAGCGGCGGUUACUGUCUAGGAUUAAGUCCAUUUUUUGACAACCUGACAUUGUGUUGAAUGAGCAGGGCUACGGCCCUGUCCAAAUUCGCAAGCCUGUCAGUCGGCAUUGUUUCGUGCCACUCUGUGAGAUAGGUCAGUAGAAAGAAGUUUUAUUACCCUCGACCCGCAUGGGCUCCCUUGAGGGAAGGGUGUCACCGGAGUCCCCCAUGUCAUAUUGGCUCUCGUUUAUUUCCUAGGAAUCAGAACAGCGUUAAGUCAUAUGACUUACAGGCGAAGAUAUGCCUUCUCCGUUGAAAUAAUAGAGAGCCUCUUCCAGUGCAGAUCUGCGUUCACUUGGAGGGUUUAGGCGAUUAGGUUGGCUCAUAGUAUUGUCUACAAACGCACAGGGAACAGUUGAGUGACGAUUAUUUGUGAUAUUAGUGAUCUUAUAACUAUAACCACUUCCUCCAUGCAGUGCUCACAAACCUCUCACUUCGUUUACUGUGCGCCUGUAGGGCUACGAGCACUGUUCGCGAGGGCGAAAGGACAGUAAGUGGUUUACUAAGAACUGCCUAUUAGUACUUUGCGGGAAGCAGAUAAACUUACUGAACGUAUUUGGCAACGGUGCGCAGCUAAUAGUGCUGUCAAGCUCAGCCUUCAAGACCUUUCGAACGAUAAUUCCUUACCCACAAACUUAGCAGCUUUUUCACUACACCCAAGUCUAUUAGGUGUAGAGGAUCUAGGGGAAAAUUAGAAAUAAGUCCUAAGUUACAGGACAAAAACAGCGAUGUCCUAGCUACGUGCUCGUCGUCGGUCGGCUGCAAAAAGUCUUCAUCUUUCCUGUACCUAUUCCCUUCCUCGGAGUACACCACUUUUCCAAUAUAUUCUCCUACCACUGUGCAACGUUCGCAUCCGUGGUAGGCAUUUACGUUCUUAGUCUGCUUCACAAAAGCCCUGGCCGGUGCAUCACAGAUAACGGCCGUUAUCUGAACGUGAGCAUGAUGGCUCAUUUCGUCGACUUGCACUUAAUCUCAUUAACCAGUGACAGACAGUACAAGUGAACAUCAGACGGCUUUCCGCCGCCACAGUAGAUGGCAACUGGGAAGACAUUACUUAUAAACGGACGGACUACUCUGCCUAGUAUGGGCCACAUUUCAGUCUUUGAUUUCUUAUAGAUGGGGACGCCGUCUAUAGCUAACUGAACGUGCACAUAAUCUGCUACGGAAUGAGAAUACUUACGCAAGCGCCAAAGUUUGCGAAGCUGCCAUUCAAGUCCUAUUUGCAAGUAUUCGCCGCUACCCAUCGGGGCUACCUGCAAAUCGUAAUAUGCCCCCAAAAGGAGUUCUAGGGUCAGCAGGGAGUUCAGGCAUGAGGGGGCUGAGGAUGGCCAGAAGAUCCCGAAGGUGAGCUAGUGCUAUCUUACACCACAAAACUCACUCGCACAACUUCCAGGCGUAAUCCUGGCCACUUUGAGUGGCCCCAGGCCCUCUGUCUUCUGCGUCGUGAGGGCAACCUGCUCUAGCAGUUUGUACAUCACUUACUACCACUGGUGUGGAUAUAUCCUCUUCCUCGUGCUCUGAGAAUUCAACGACUGGCGUUAAUGUAUCCGGCGAGGAGUUGUAUAACUCCUCGCAUGAUCUCAUAUGACAUCUGCGUCUUUUAUUGAGACUUCAUUUUCCCGAAAAACUUCCUCCCCAUACUUCUUAAUCCGGCGUCUAAUGGUCCUGUCAGAUACAUCACUAAACAGUACGAUGGGACUGUGCCUAUUGAACUGUGCUCCUCAAAGUCUCCUAUGGUUUAGUCGCGACAUGCAGAUUCUUAGACAUUGCUGCCAUAGAUAACCAGUCAAAAUGUAAGAGUUCGAUAUUCCUUGAAAUAUGGGCACGGCUGUGUCCGGGUUCUGGGACUUGUUGAAGAUUCAGCACACAGACUGAUUCUUUGCCAGACCGAGUCCAAAUACUCUAGUAUCCGUUUACUCCUGCACGAUAGCAGCAUCAGUUCUUGUAGCAAAGUUGCCACAUGCCACCUAUCUUGUUUACAGUUACAGGAAUCUGCUGUCCAACAAAUUUGAGGGCUGCGUGCGUGAAUCUGAAGGGGCUAACCACGCGGAGACUAUACGGUUGGGUAAAAGUGAACACCAGGCUGUUUGACUCACCUAGGCACAUUUGGCAUAAGUGCACCACGUUCCCAUGACCAACCGGGCCUGAUGCCGACCCUGUCCAGACUAAGGAACGAAAUGCCUCGUUCAAUUCAGGACACAACAAUUAUUUAGAAGUCACAUGCUAUCCGGCAUAGGAAGUAGCAAGCGGUGGAGGUACUAAGGGGAAGUGAGUCGAGGCAUUGGAUAGUCAAACGCUUGAGUGAGCUCAUAGGCACUAUUGUAUGAUAUCUUGGACAAUACGAAACCACCAGUGAUCUUCAACGGAUUCCUGGUAACAGUCGUCCAACGAUAGCAAUAAUGAGAGGCUGCAGGCGGCUAUUAAAGUGCAUGCGUCGAUAUCGGCUUACAUCCUUGCGUUAAGCAAGGUGAAGGUGGGUUCCGAGCGUUAUACAUAAGGCCAGUAGGGGUUUGGACGAAUACACAGAAACAGGGGGACUGCUCAGACUACUGCAUUUAAAUCGGAAUUUUGAACAACCCUUCUUGAAUUGCAUUAUGUGACGACGUACGUGACAUCUGCAAUGGAGCAGAAGAACUUGUGCUAGUAAACUGCGGCUUCGCCCGAGAAGUAUUGACGUACCAGUCCAGAUUUGGAGCCUAAGAAGGCAAAAUCCUUUGCCGAAACGACUACUACAAAUAUGUUAGGUGACAAGAGCCGAAUGCAUGCUUGAGCGGCCGUUUGGGGCUUAGAGCGGAGCACUUGGUUCUCUUUGAUGAGAACAGUUAGUAGUUUGCGCUAAAUGGGGGUCGUGCGAGUGCAUCUGCUCGUAGUUCUAGAUCAGGCUAGAUCGCAGCCGUAUCAAGUCAAGUACAGUAGUAUCUGCUCGUAGUACCGGCAAGCCUGCCAGAAUCAACUUUUCGGGAUGACAGUACACCGACUUUUCGAUGCCGUGCCACCCAGUUCCAAAGGCUCAGCAUCAGAUGCAUCUCAUGACCAGUUGGGUCUCCUGACUUCAAUCCCAUGCAGGUGUUUAAGAUUAGAUUUAAUGAAUGAAUCCCAGAUCGCCAGAGCUGCAAAUGCUUUCCCAACUUAGGGUCGCUUUUCUAACUGCUUGGGAUAUAAUGAUAAAAACGAUUCUCAUCCCGUCGAAAACACACCAAUGAGCUGAAGCUAUAACUGUGCGUGAGGGCAAGCUUGUCCGACAUAAGUAUUAAGUUAUGCUCUUGGCUCUUACUGAAGUUACUUUGAAGUGGGGUUGUCGGAAACGCGUUAAGAAUUCACGACGUCCUCUCAGUAUAAACUGUCUUGGUUCAGUUUACUGGAGGGUCCAUUUUUGGCCAACGGUAUAAACGACUUCUCGUAAGUGAGCUCUCAUGUAGGUCGCAUUUUGAACUAAGGACAGCUUCAGUGCUUUUAUCCUGGCUUACUUUUUGUGUUUCCUCUAAAGAAUCGACUUUUUGAGAAUAGAUAACCACGUUUAGAUACAGUGCCUCGUGUUCCUAUGAAGUCACAUCCCCAAAUGAACGAGAAAAAUAUCCCUGUUGAAAGAACGCGAGUAAAAUAAAACGGUCGUCAAAGUUUUUGUCUAGAUUAUGGGCCUUCUAAAUGUCUUGUUAGCUUUGAGAAGGUAGUAUGUGGUCUCCUGUGAGGCACACGCGGAGUCUAACUGCGCUGCAGCAUUGAAAUACAUAUCCUCAUAAUUUAGCCGGUUGUUUGCGUUCUUUACGUCGUUUUGAAGUGUCAGUGAAUCUGGUAUAGUUGCACCAGAGCCUGGUCGAAAUCUCAUUUUGUCAAAGGGCGAAAAAUGGCAACGAUUACGAGGUCUUGCAGUUCGACUGGGAGUAGCGAAACUCCAGCCAGUUAUUCAUUGGCCCAUGAAGUGCAGCUCACUAAAAACUAUUGUGGUUCGUUUAGAGCCCUUCUGACCGGCUAGUUUUGCUGUUUUCUACAGAGCCGACGCGCCCACUCUCUUCAUUCCGGCUACAGUGGUUCAUUGCUGCGUUUAUGGCAGUCUUCAUCCUGCAUACUUCUUAAAGACUUACUGAUCUACCCUGUCUUUGUCAGGUAAGCAAGCGAACUCGUUUUAUUUUUCCGUAGUUGUCAUGAGGAAGUAGAAGAAGAUAUACCCAGUCUGCCUGGUCAAAAACGGCUUGGUGUCCGGCGUUUGACUUCUUAUCUUAAGCCUCUGGUUGAAAAAGGUCUUCGGUGUGUCCUCCUCUUUGGCGUCGUUGAUGCUGACCUGAAGGACGAGAAUGGAUCGGCUGCGGAUAGUGAGCGGAGUCCUGUGUGUGCCGCAGUAAGGGAACUGCGGGCGCAACUGCCUUCCCUAAUUGUCGCCUGUGACGUCUGCCUCUGUGCCUAUACAACAGCACACCAUUGCUGUAAGAUCGUUUCCACCUUUUCACUAUUUUCUACAUAGAUUUGAGCAAAGACGACGGGGAGAUGGAUGUUGAAGGGACAGUUAAUCGACUGGCCGAAAUCGCCCUCAAUUACGCUAGAGCAGGUGAACUUCCUCCUUCGCUCUUUGUUUUCACUCCAAUACACAGGCUUCCAUGAACCCCACUGAACCGUAUUUUUGCAUAAAGGUGCACACAUAAUCGCUCCAUCGGAUAUGUCGGAGGGCCGUGUGAUGGCCAUCAAGGAGGAACUAUUGCGGAAUGGUUUUUCACGCUCUGUAUCGGUCAUGUCGUAUGCCGCGAAGUUUGCUUCAUGUUUUUACGGACCUUUUCGGUAGGAAGAAAUAAAUGUUUUCAAAACAUAACGCACUAUUACAAAACCACGUUUGUGACUGUUAAUCCAUCUAUUUAUCAGCCUUUUUAAUCCGCAAAAUGAGCAAGAGUUCCAGUAUAAAAAGCUAACUGUGUCCGCCUACGCAUUCUGUACUUGCGUCCAAAUGCACCUGUGAGCUUUACUCGAUUCCCUUGAAAUCCCCUUUCCAGCUCGGCGGCCGGAUCAGGAGACGGGGAAAUCGACCGCCAGACCUAUCAGUUACCCCCUGGCGGCGCUGGCCUAGCUAUUCGGACUGCGGUACGUGCGUCAUUUUUCUAACUGAAUCCUUAGUACAUCUCAAACGUGGUAAACCAGUGACUGCCUUUUCCAGACUAACUGGGCUAUCCACUUGCAGUACGUAACGACUACGUUUACUCUUCGACGCCUUCAUUUCCAAUUGCCGUCACUUCCAAGAGAGCCUGCCGAUCAUGUGGCCUAAGCCAAAAUCUUUCACAGGUUGCAGCAACACACACGACAACUACCAGUGAAUUCGUAGACUUUGGUCAAUUCGUCGACUUGAAGAUUUUUAAGUGCGCCUCCGUGUGAACCGAACAAGUGUUAGUCAUUACUUCUCCUGCGCUUUCAGUUCCCAUGGUACACUUAGCACAAACUUUCCGCAUGGACGACAGGGCUUCUGAUAUUCCUCGAUGCCAUUUUCAGGCGAAAGUAAGUUCGGGGGAAAUGACACUUCGGGUGAUUUCGCCCUCAGCUAGGUGUUGGUACGUAGUUGGAACACCUAAGUCGCGAGCAUCCAAGACACUGUCGAGCGUUAUUGACCACCUAUGUGGUAGUUCAUUGAGGACACGACUAGAAGGGCUUGGAAGACGAACGCACGCACCGCAUCGAGCGUGUCACACAUCCAUACUAGAGGACUGCCCUGGGUCGAUACCAUCUUUGCUUUGUUUAUUGUUCAUGAAGUCCGAGUCAAGUACUUACUUACUGUCUACUUAAGGCUUCGCAACAUAUUGUAACCAGACAGAUGUACCCCACUACGAAUCCAGAGGUGACCGUCCUUGCCUCUGUAGGACUUAUUAUUAUGCUCAGGUUAGAUUUGCAAGUACGCAAAAAUAAACUUGCGAGCACAACAACAUCCACAGUCCUGCUCUAACUAAAGUGGUCUGGAAGGGCGCUUUUGAGAGACCUAAUACAUCCUACAGUCUGACCUUGUCGGCCAAAGAGCCGAACUCUCUAAAACUUGGGAUGAAUUCACAAAAUCAAGUUGGCUUGUCAUUGAUUACAUUUUUCCUUGUUCAGUGGUGAUAGAUCGGAGUCAAACGAAGUACCUUCAGUAAAACAAUGUGGCAUGAAUAGGGAUGAGAAAUUCCUAUGACCAACGCCAACUGUGAUAGUAAGGUACACAAAUCGAACAAAUGGGUCUGCUGAUAACUGCAAUAUUUGAAGCUUACGCGAAGCGCAAGCGCCUAUCCGAGCACCUCAGCCGAAAUUUGCGGGAUUCUUCUUUAUUCGCACGGAAGCGGGAGGAAUUCAGGACUAUUGCGAGCACAUUAACGGCAGUGCAAAGGCGACAUGUGCCCCGGCAUUCCAUACUCAGUACUCUGUCGCCUUUCUUGAAAAUGGGUCUUGUGCCAGCGUUGCUUCAAUCUGUUUCUCAAUUAUAGGCAGAAUGGUAUUACCGAAAAAGACAAGGGAGACUGGAAUGACCGUUUCUGGCAUAUUAGCCGUCGUCAGCCAGUCAUACUCAACCCCGAAGUGUGGAAUUCCUGGGGCUCGAACUCGCGACCUAUUAUUUGAGAGUUCAGCGCCUCUAACCACUGAGCCACGGGCCCGUUGUCUUGUCGAUUGCGAUCCGGAAUAUACAGUGAUAGAGGGGCGCUCACUGAUCGUUUUUACGAAACUCACUCGUCCCGUUGUGCUCUAGGGCUCACUCUCGAGCCCAUCCAGCAAUCACACAGCGGCUCAUGAUAUAGGCAGACUGGUGUUACCAACAAAGACAAGGGGGACCGGAAUGGCAAUUUCUGGCUUAUUAGCCGUUGUGCGGCUGCUGGUUGGGCUCGAGAGAGGGAAAGAAAGCCCUAAGACAACGAGACAAGUGAGUUCCGUAAAAACGAUCGGUGAGCGCCCCUCUACCAUUUUUUUCUCCAUUAUUUACCUGAAGUUGUUAUAGUUGUCCUGCCGGUAUCAUCCAACAGCACUCGCAUAUUUCCGCUGAAGGGCCAGACCCAUCAAAUACCUCGCCUUCCAUUUCGUCACCCGAACCAAGAAUCUCCUCGUCAGAUAAUUGUUUGUAGUCGCAUUCUGCUUGAGCGUCAGACCGUCCCUAAAAUGAACAUCAGUGAAGGGUUUUACCUGCUACUUCUAGAGGCCAGACACCCUUCGUAGACCGACCAUACCGUCCCCUUUUGCGAUUCCAGCCGUCGUUAACCUAAAUCACACACACUAGUAUACAUGGGAAUCCCCAUUCGGCGUAUUAUUAUCCUUCAGUCUUAAGGCAAUACAGCACACCAAAAGCAACGUGGCCUAAUUGUUCGUCCAUUACGAGCGCGGAUUUGUGGAGAUAGGGUGCCUCUGUGUCGAUCUAACCCCGCCCCCUCUUCCGCUUCAGUUCAGUUUUUCAUCCCGUCGAUUGACCGGUGAUGAGAUUGAAUGCGGUGCCUAACGAGGAGUGGACCUCUAUUUGACGCGUGCCACAUGUGUGCGCGGCAAUAGUUAAGAACUAAAGCAGAUACAGCGCAAAUUUACUGAUGCACGCCAUUGGCUAGUAUGGUUCUGCUUGGGUCUAUUGACAUUGUUUCCCAGUCCCCGUAGGGUGUGCUUGGGAGAGCACAGAACCACGAGAACGCAGAAGUGCAAUCCUCUUUGACAUCGUUCUUUCAACCAUACAAAACUGGUCUGAUAACUGGAGGCAACUGCCUCAGAAAGUCUAGCAGAGUAGACGGUAACAGCAGCGUGGGAGAAGUGGACGCAUCACCCGCUGCCUGGAGCCUUGGUGUUGUUUGAGUCAGCAUUCCGCCAGCACUCGAACCAGGGGAUCAAGUUAGGUUCACACUGCAUGAUGCCAAUACUGGCAUGGUUAGGCUUUAGGGCGUCUUCUUUAUUUCUAAGCGCUUUAACUUGCGUAUUUGCUAUCCGAGCCGCUGCCAGAGACCUGCACAUGUCGCUUGUUGGGCCAUGCAAGUUCAACGGCUUGAUGCAGACCGGUCCUCGUAGUCCUCUGCUCGACCUUUGAACGGAUAUACAGCCCAAGGGCAGUGACUGCAAGAACUGAUCUAACGGGUCUGUGGCGGCUAGCAGGCACAACCGUGUGCUGUCGAGCUCAAAGCAAUAUGUACUGCUUAACAAACAACUUCUGUAUUACAUCUAAAAUCCCCCUACUUGCGCAUGUUUUACUACCCACCGCCUACAGAUACGGGAUGCAAACGAAGGCGCCGACAUCAUUAUGGUAAAGCCCGGACUGAUCUACUUGGACAUACUUUCAUGCAUCCGCCGUGAGGUAGAUUUCCUUCUUGACUUCCCAUCGCAUUUUCCGGUCUUAUGCUCUUGUCGUUGCGAAGGUGAUAGGAUCGCUGAAAUAAAAGCUUUAUUAGCCUGACGUGAUGCACUUGGGAGCUGCUAACUGUGAUAGGCAUGUAGUGGCCUAGCAACUACGUCCGCGACACCUGGGCAAUCCACUACCCUUAUCUGACCCUGUCUCUGAUGAUGUAUUCGAGUGAGAAUCCGAAACGCUAGGCCAGUAAAGCUUUUGUUCCAGCGAUUGUGUCUCCUUCGCGACUACUUCCUGGAACUCGCCUCUUCAUUUCUAUUAGCUCCAGUCGUCUUCCAUUGAGUCCUUUCACUAUUCAUCCCUCCGUUUCUGUCUUUAACAAGAGUGAUAACGACUGUUUCAUUUUUUAAGCAAUUAUAAUUUACACUACAAGCAUACUUUACUGACCGCAAACUCCCUCAUGUUACCAGUUGCCCUACCAUCCCCUGGCAGUAUUUCAUGUGUCUGGGGAAUACGCGAUGUUGGUGACCGCCGCUAAAGAAGGCUACAUCGACCUUAAACGAGCCGCCCUAGAAGUGAUGCUUUCUUUCCGACGUGCUGGUUAGUUCUAUUUAUCAAUUCACAUCUUCUCCCUUCAUUUAACGCCUCUCUGGACUCUAGCUCCCGUUCUGCACUAUUGAAUAAAUGUAGUGUCGUGUCUACAACGAAAUUUUUCCAACUUUAGCGUCAAUCGCAUUUUACCACCACCCCUUUUCUGUGACGGCUCGGAUUCCUAAGAUCUUGGCUUCUGGCGAGGAUGAUAGUGCAAACUAAUCUCUUUUGAUUGUACAAGGUCGACUGCACUUGGAACAGUAACAAGUAUUUUGAAACAGAUGAGGACAUGGCCCUGCCAACCGGUAUUGCCACUUUGGGCACCAUACAUCGACCUGUUAUCACAUGUUCAUUUACAACGUCCUGGUUGAGUUGGCAUAAUCUAUGGGACUGGCUGCAGGCCUAUAGUUAGCUUGCUGUCCAUCUUCGCCAGUAGGCUAAGGUUACGGAGCGCGUCAGUUCCUCCAGAUAACGCACUAUGGACGACAAUUUGCCUGUCGGUUCUGCUUUAUGAGGUAAAUUUUUGUAGCGCAAACCGAUCCAAAAUAACCUUGUUUUUCAGUUUGGUUUUCCGUGAUAUGUCAUUUGCAUUCACACGAAUAGGCAGAGCGCUCAAAAAUGUACACUAUAUCCGUUUCAAGGUAACUUUAUUUUUACUUCGAAUGCUCACCCGGCCAAUCUUUUGAUAUGUACCGGUCGCGAAGAGAGAAAGUGAGACUGACACUGGAGAGUCCAUCUCCGCGGCAAAUCAGGACAUUUCUCGCUUAAAUCUAUCCUGAUGCGUUAACGGUCAUGGAUUGGAGGGUUGCCAACUGGCAGCAUAACUCGGUCCGCGUGGUUAGUACUGUCCGUGUAUGUGGGUCGACUGACUGGCGGACUGAGUAGGGCUCGACGGAUCUUUUUUACCACGACCUUUAUGGUACUCUCAUGUAUGUGAAAUCCGAACCCUUCAUUGCAUUUAAGAGCACGCAUCCCACGCGUAAGUGGGAAACAUGUUCGUUGAUGUACAGUAGGUGGACUAUUUCGUGAAACAUUAACCGAAAUUCUGAAAUUUGUUUUUGGUCAUAAAAGAUUACUCAGGUAGGUUUGUAGCACUGAUUAUCGUGAAUCAUAAUCCCGAAAUAUUUCAUUCACUCCAGGAUACCGGCUUUUAAAUGAGCUUCUUUUCAGCGUAAAGUUUUCCCAUUGAUUUUCGAUAUCCUUAUGAAUUCAUCUGUAUUUUACAGAAAACAUGCACAUAUGUAUUCUUUCUUGUGGUCACCCGGUAACGAAUUAUGUCUUCGUAUUUUACACUUGAAGAAAGCGUAUCUUCCGGGUUUAACAGAAGUUUCCAAUUGAUUGUGUUUGUCAAUGCUGCUUGUGAAGUGAGUAACGCGGCUCACAUCCACUGCAAAAUUUCAUGGGCCCUGUGUGAUAUCUUAAUAGCGUAGAAAAAUAGGUGAUUUUAUUUCAUACGGGAAGUAUAUGACGUGGAAUUUUGAAAUCCUAAGUGCAAGCGCAGCUGCAGGUUGAUUUAAAAAUUAUUCCAGAAUUGUAAAAUCUUUCGAAUCUGAAAUGCACCCUUUCUUGGAGUGUAAAAUUUGAAGAAUACCAAGUGAGUAUAAAAGAGAAUAUUUUUUUGUUUUAUAUGAAAUAUAUUUGGAUUUACAAGGGCAACGAAAAGCGGUGGGAAAGUUCAUACUUUUUAGGUAGUCACAUUUUACCAGAUGUGAUUUAUGCCGGCCGUCGAAAAGAAGCUAAUUCAAAAACCGGCAUCCUGGAGUGACUGAAACAUUUUGGGAUCAUGCCGCAUAAUAAUCGGUCUUACAAACCUACCUAAGUAAUCCAUUCUAAUCGAUAGCAAAUUUCAGAAUUUCGGUUAACAUUUCAUGAGAUAGCUCACCCGGGUGACCAGGUCGCGUACGACACGUAGAUGGGCUGUCCAAGCCCCCUCAGCCACUGCGCCCUAUCCCACCAUCAGAUGGUCGACAGGCUCGGACCGUCGACUAGUGCAUGGGAGAGAGUGAAGUCGGCACUGGAAAAUUCGUCCCCACGACACUUCAGCGCAUUUCUUACUAUAAUAAAUCUGACACGCUUCGGAUAAGUCGGUCCUCGUGGUCAGUACUGUGGCUGUGCUUAAGGACUGAGAGUCGCAAUGGCUCCUAAGCGUGGCCUCCAUGGCAAUCACGCCCGGGAGCCCAACCUUCCCCUUCAUUCUGGAGGAUCAGGUCGUGUGCGGCACGCGUAGAUAGGCCGUUUAGCUUUGUCGCCCGAUGUGCCCUAGUUCAUCUCCGGUCGUAUUGACAUUGUCCUGCCGUCGUAACCUGGUGGGGGAGGAAGGAGAGAGUGCGGUAGGUGCGGCGAAAGUCUGCCUCACUACAAACUAAAUCAUGCACAACUUACCAGUGAUGCGCCGACUCUGUAGGGCACACGGUGUACGUUGUCGCUUGCGACAGUCGAAAGCUCGCUGGUCCCAAACUUCUGCUAUUGCAACACUGUCAGAGAUUAAGAUGUUGCGUCUAUGCCGACGAUGAUUUGUAGGGACAGGAUUGUCAUGUUUAAAAAUGAAACCCAGCUCAGUCGAGAUGUAUCCUGUUGCGUUUGGACUAGAUUGGCCUAUUCCGCGCUCGACAGUUUCCCACUAUGCUUUAGCGCUACCUAAAGUGCAGGUGCACGGACUGACACAGGAUAGAAGUAGAAGACGAGUGGCGAGGUGAAAUUGUGAAAAGUCACUUCGGUCAUCUUUGCGUCAUGUCGGGCUUUUUUUCACGGUUGCUGGUAAUAUUGUCCCCAGUGUCAUUUAGUUAGAACUAGUGACAUAAGUGCCUCCAUGUAUUUAUAAUUCAAUUUUGACCAUUUCGCUGACCAUCUUUUUCGGCCGCUAUGACACUUUGUCAGGCGUUUCACCAUGGUAAAUGCAUUGGGUGGAUUAAGUCCAUGCACAGCACAGUAGAAGGUGCGCGCUUAGUUCGUUUUUCUCCGACCUGCAUAUAUACCACCGGUAUCUUCCCUGUUUUAAAUUGUGCAGGUGCCUCCAUAAUCAUCACGUACUUGACACCCAUCCUUCUGGACAUGAAUCUUCAAGAUGCUUGCCCUUGA